AUGCAGACACCACCCACGACGCCGACAGCACCGACCUCGCGCGCUGCAGCGCCAACUGCACAGCCUGCGCAACCUCCAGCGUUGCCUCUCUCAGCCUCGCCACCGGCCACCUCGGCGCCAAGCCCGCCAGCCACGGCUCCGAGUCCGCCAGCCGCGACGUCGGGUCCGCCAGCCGCGACGUCGGGUCCGCCAGCCACGACAUCGCCCUCCCAGGCGCUGACUCCGCCGGCCACAACGUCCCCCUCCACGGCGCUGACUCUGUCGGCCACGGCACCCCUUGCUGCUCGGCGUCGCGAAGCAGACGAAGAGCCUGAUUCUGCCGACGAUUCUGUCUGUGGUGUCGAUCCCACUGCUACCAGUGAGAGUGAGGUGAACGAGGACAGCAGCGACGACGAGGAACCGCUCACAGCAGAGAGCGCGAGCAGUGAAGCCGAAGAUGAAGAGGAUAUUAGUAUCUUUUUGAAUGACGCGAGUCCUCGAGCCCGUGUGACUGAGGUGAUUCAUGCGGACGCGUGUGAGAACGAGUGCGUCAAGGGCAAGGCUCGUGAGUUGGAGUUCUUGCUGUGUUCGCUGGACCAGAUGACGAAGCAAGAGCGCACCACGAGCUUGUACACGCUCCUGGCUGUGUUGAUGCAGACCCCCACGGUUGAGCGUAAGAGAGGACGGGGUGACCGUGAGAAGUUUCCGUACAUCCUCCCCUACGUAGGUCAUGUGUGCCGACCCACUUUCGCGCUCUGCUAUGGAGUAGUCCCCAUUACCUUGCAGCGCUACAAGAUGCGCAUCCGAGACGGUAACAUGUCGAUCAAGACGCAUGGUAACCGGCUCAACACGCAUGCAGCUCAAGUGAACGUUGUUUGGCUGGUGAAAUGGUUCCAGACGUUUGCCGAGGAGGUCGGCGAGGUUGUGCCGGUUCGAGUGCGGAUGCAGAAGAAGAAAGACGGAACUACGCAGAAAUACUACAGCAGCGAGAUGUACACGUUACUACCAGCGCACUUCACCUGGGAUACCAUCUACGACGAAAUGCACAAGUUUGUUGAGGCGGGCUUGCGCGUCCGUGAACCGCUCGGUCGACAAUGA